GUCGAUACUACCACAACAGAACCGUAGAAGAAAAACAAGGGACCCCCACAGUCCAUGGAGUUUGAGUCGUAGCUUAAAAAAUACGCGACACUGACCGGGUUUUAUUUCCACAUGACAGCAAGUUUAUCUUUUAUGAAUCUCACCACUACCUUUCAAGGUGAGGCUGUGGGCGAACUCUUCACUCAUUUCAUACAUAAACCCCACCAGGAGCUGUUCGUGGCUAGCGAGCAAAGUGUAAACAAAGAGACCAUCGCUGCACACUGCUCACACAGUGUCGUAGUUUGAUUUAAACUGAGGAGAAGACACUAACCGGGCUGACAUGACGGGGAUAGCCCCUCCGGAGAAGGCGUCCGGCUCCAAGAAGAAGUGCGAGAGGAAGUGUGCCACCAAAGAGGAGUACAGGCAGCUGUCCGGCAUCAUGGCAGUCAUGAACAACCUGAGGAAGCAGGGCACCCUCUGUGAUGUGACCCUGGUGGUUCAGGGGAAACACUUCCCUGCCCACAGAGUUGUACUGGCUGCUGCAAGCCACUUCUUCAGCCUCAUGUUCACUACCAGAAUGAUGGAGUCGAUGUCCCAUGAAGUGGAGCUCAGGAGUGCUGAGCCUGAGAUCAUUGAGCUGUUGAUUGAGUUUAUCUAUACGAUUUAUGACGCAGCAGUGCGCUGGCUGAAGUACGAUGUGUGUAACAGACAGCAGUAUAUGGUGGAGGUGCUGGGGUGUGUUCGCUUCCCCUUGGUCUCCAAAACCUUCCUAUCUAAGACAGUGCAGGCUGAGCCCCUCAUCCAGGACAACCCCCAGUGCCUCAAGAUGGUCAUCAGUGGAAUGCGCUACCACCUGCUGUCCCUGGAGGAUCGGGAGGACUUGGGAGAGAGCAGCCGACUGAGACGGAAGAAGCACGACUACCGCAUCGCCCUAUUUGGAGGCUCCCAGCCACAGUCCUGCCGCUACUUCAACCCCAAGGACUCCAGCUGGACAGACAUCCGAUGCCCUUUUGAGAAGCGCAGGGAUGCCACAGCUGUAUUCUGGGACAAUGUGGUCUACAUCCUGGGUGGCUCACAGCUCUUUCCCAUCAAGCGCAUGGACUGCUACAAUGUUCUGAAGGACAGCUGGUACUCCAAACUGGGUCCACCCACACCACGCGACAGUCUGGCUGCCUGCGCUGCCCAGGGAAAAAUCUACACAUCUGGAGGGUCUGAAGUUGGUAGUUCAGCCUUGAACCUUUUCGAAUGUUACGACACAAGGACUGAGUCGUGGAAGGUGAAAACCAGCAUGCUAAUGGCCCGCUGCAGCCACGGUUCAGUGGAGGCUUAUGGUCUCAUCUACGUCUGUGGAGGAACAGUGGGGAACAACGUGUCUGGCAGGAUCCUCAGCAACUGUGAGGUUUUUGACCCCAACACACAACAAUGGAGGGAGCUGUGUGGGAUGAGAGAGGCCAGGAAGAAUCACGGCCUGGUGGUGGUCAACAAUAGGAUCUAUGCUGUUGGAGGGCAGGGGGCACUAGGUGGACUUGACUCAUUGGAGUACUACGACAUUGUCAGUAAUGAGUGGCGUGUUGCCUCGCCGAUGCCAUGGCGCGGUGUGACAGUGAAGUGUGCGGCAGUCGGUGAUGUCAUCUAUGUGCUGGCAGGGUUCCAAGGUGUGGGGCGGCUUGGACAUGUCCUGGAGUACCACACUGACACUGACAGGUGGGUGACUUGCAGCAAGGUGCGAGCGUUUCCCGUCACCAGCUGCCUAAUCUGCGUGGUCGACACAUGUGGAGUAAAUGAAGACGAAGACAUGGACUUAAUAGACUCUCAGUCACACCCUGCAAUCACAGCCCCUCCGUCUGCCUCAACCUCAUAGAAAAUGAGAGGAAGUUGUAAUGUACACUAAGUUAAGGAAGUUGCAGCAGCCACAGCAUUAGGCCUCCAAUAGAAUUAUGGAACUGAUUUACACAAGGCUUUUGUGAAGUUUGCGACCCGGUUUUUGUGAAUGUGAAUAUUCACGUGUGUAUUUUAAGUUAUGAAGUUCUUUAACUAUGUCCGGUGGCCAAAUUUUUCUUUAACCUUUUAUCUGUACCUGAAUCUCAGGAGCUAAAGUUAAAGUUCCAGUGGGACGUUAUCAACAAAUGUAUGUUUUAGGUGACAAUGACACUUUUACUUAGUUUGAUUUGUCAGUUGGUAUAUGUAGACUUUUAGUUGUUUAAAAAAAAUCUCAAACCAAAAAGAACGUCUGAUGAAUCAUGUCAGAGAAAUUACAAUUUGAGUGUUUCUUCUUAUUUUCUUUUAGCUGUGAAGUUUGUACUGUUACAGAGUGUAGAUAUACCACA